GAGAGAUCGUAGUGCAGAAAAUAUCCGAACUCCGAACCCUCUGAUUCUCUCUGGUUGCAUUAUCACCAUCCUGCAAGAGACAUCCCMAAAAAAGAGACAGCGCCACUCCAAAGCAAAGGACACUGACACCGACACUGAAACGAAAUACCAAAGAAGCUCCAUUCGAAGAAACACGGCGGUGUGCAGAAAACAAUUCAACGAAACAACAAAACGCGACAUCUGCAGGUACCCGUAUAAACGAGGAAGGGCCGACAAAACCAUGGUCCCUGGAWCGACUCAACGGCGGCAAGACCCACCUCCGAUGGGGCGGGAGGAAGGCGAACGCACCCCUUUGGUUCCACUCCCCAGAGAAGCCGGYGCCGAUCGCGUUCUCGCAGCCGCCGCCCCGAGCCGCAAGAAUCCCUGGCUCUCACCCAAGCGGCUAGUGGUUGGGGCCGGUGCAGUUGCCGCGCUGGUGGCGGCGGUCUGGAUCCACCCCGAGCUGGUCGGGAGGGCAGCGGUCGUCGCGAUCGGUGGCUCGGAACGGGUCGGGGUGAAAUGCAAGGACGUCUACAUGCCGGACCUCACCGCCGCAACGAGGUUCUACAGGUACUCCCGGGUGUGCUACCCCGACGACGGCAAGAAGCACCCGCUGCACUUUUUCGCCCACGGGGAUUUUGGCGGAGGCCCCUUCUCCUUCGCCUACCGGGGGAUCGUCAACGACAUUGCCAGCCGGGGMUUUGUCGUGUCCAUGUACCUGAGCUGUGCGAUCGAUCAGCAGUGCGACGACGGRAACGCCUCGUUUCUGGAAAUCCUCAAGAGCAUGUCCUUUCUGGAAASCGAGGCCGGCUGGUGGACCGAACWCAUCGAUUUCGACGCCGGGUAUUCCGCCUCGGGGCACUCGACGGGGGGCCGGGCGGUCCUGAUGCUGGCGGCGCUGGUCGACAACCCUACCAGGUACCUGGCGGSCACCAAGUACGCUUCCAUGAUCACGGAGGCCCAGCGGACCUCCCUCCAAAAGUUCCGGGCCGUCGUCGGGGACCACCCGGACCCGAUCUACCUCCCGGGCUUCAACCCCGACGUGGCCAACUUUGUGGUGGACAAGACCCCCACCAUGAUCGUCACGGGGACGAACGAUUACAUCGAGCCGGAGCUCUCGGCGUGGAAGGACUUCGAGGYGGUGUCGCCGACGGCGAACAAGCUGUACGUCGACAUGAAGGGAACGGGGCACCUCGGCCCCCUGCUGUCGCACAAGGAGGGCCCCUACAUUGCCUACUUUUGCAGCUGYUUUCUCGGCGGUCCCAGGGGCGGGGRCGGGGCCUGCGACAGGGUCUUUGGAACGAGCGGCGCCGGWGCCAUGAGGAACGCCAUCCCGAUGGCGGCCGCCGGSGACCGCAACACCGGRGACGGCGUCGUCGGCUUUUUGGGAUGCCKCCGCGACAAGGGAGGCGGGGAAAGCGUCCCCGAAGGACUCGAGGGGUACUGCAAACAAACGCUCCRCCGGUGAGGCGUGGCGUGGGGCGGGGCGGGGCUGCCGUUGUCCGAACUGCAUCCAUGCAGGCAGGCACAAAAGGGCAAUUGUGCCCAUGGCUUGUAGUAUUUUAGUAUUGUGUUUACAAAGAAACGAUUUUCUUAUCCGCACAAGGAAUCCUUUAUUAGUAUUUCCUAGUACUUUGUUUKGGCUGGACUACCAUUUCUAGUGCAAUCAUGGUCACCGMGUUCCAAUCGAAGAAUGUAAGUGCAAAACUCUGCGAAAAAAUCUGCACAUUUUUUUGUUUUACAGGACAUUAGCUAUUGCAGUGUCUCCUACAGCGAAUGAGCUGGAUAUGUUCGGAUACGGAAUCAAAACAGCUGAAAUGGAAAAACAACAACCACGUUUUUGGAAGGUUGCUGUGGUAACAAAUGCAUGCGCCUCAC